AUGGUGUGAGAGAAAACUCUUAAUCUUAAUUGCAGGUGACUUCCGCCUAUCGGUAGCACAGUUCUCAAAGAACCCCUCAAGGGUUCAUCCGCUUGAGAUGCCUUCGGACAAGUUGGGUCGGCUGAGAUGAAUCCCACAGCAAGAAAAGGAUUGACACCAUCUUGCUCCUCCUUCGACCCAUGGGAUAUCCAAAGUGUUCAGUUUUUUCUGCGCCUAUUUUCGGCUCCAGCAUUGAAUAGGCGGUCUAUGGACUUCUGCGGCUGCUUCUUGAGUUGGACGAAGGCUGCCUAUAUAAAAAUCCCAAAAAAAUUUGAAUUUUGGUUGGCUUUCGGCAAAGGGAAAAGCUAGAAGCCCGAAACGUAAAUCUCGGUUUAAACGCUAGGGAUUUGCCUGAUUUGUCUAGUUAUUGACUGUAGACCGGGCUCCCCCUUUCCAACUCUGAUCCUUCCCUUUCGUUUGAGGUAAAAUCCAAUCCUGAAAGCAGGCUAAGUCUAAACUCCACACACAACUGCAAUUGCUUAUAGGCAUAUCCCUUCCUUAGAUAGCCCUAUAUGGGCUAGGGAUAGAGGCCAAAACUUCCCACUUGGUUCGACCAAUCCAUUUUGGCUGAACCAAUUGGGAAGUUUUGGCCUCUAUCCCUAGCCUUGAUAGGGCUAUUCACGGGAUAUGCCUAUACCUAGCAUAGCUGCCCAUUUCUGAGCUGGAAAUCUUUCCGGAUAUAUAAUUAAAUAUGAUCGAGGCUGCAUGGCCUGGAGACGAUAUCCAGGACGAGACUCCAUAUUUAAUUAUCGUGAGAGAAAACUCAGCUACCUAUUGCAAUUAAUUUUAGCUCUGUUUUACAACAAUUAGCCAUAUUGAAAUCAAUAUUGUUUAAAAAAUUUCAAGAAAAUUCGAUAAUAAAAUCUAAAAUGAGCGACUCUAGUUUUCUCAUAAUUCUGGUCAAGCCGAAUUGUCAGCUCAUUUAUACCUUAAACGUGUAUUUCUGUUGACAAUAA